UUAAGAGUUCCCUUCACUGGAACUAAGGGGCCAAGCCCAACCCCUGAAAAACAACCCCACACCAUAAUCCCCCCUCCACCAAACUUUACACUUGGCACAAUGCAGUCAGGCAAGUAUCAUUCUCCUUGCAACUUCCAAACCCAGACACGUCCAUUGGAUUGGCAGACAGAAAAGCGUGAUUCGUCAUUCCAGAAAACACGUAUCUACUGCUCUAGAGUCCAGUGGCGAUUUGCUUUGCAUUGCACUUGUGGCGAUUUGCUUUGCAUUGCACUUGGUGAUGUAAGUUUUCAAUGCAGCUGGUCGGCCAUGAAAACAGAUUCCAUAGAGCUCUCUACACACUGUUGUACUAAUCUGAAGGUUGGAGGUCUUUAGCUAUUGACUCUGCAGACAGUUGGCGACUUCUGUGCACUGUGCGCUUCAGCAUAUGCUGACCCAGCUCUGUCAUUUUACAUGGCCUACCACUUUGUGGCUGAGUUGAUGUUGUUUCCAGUUGCUUCCACUUUAGUAUAAUACCACUAACAGUUGACCGCGGAAUAUUUAGUAGCAAGGAAAUUUCACGGAUGGACUUAUUGCGCGCAGUGGCAACCUAUCAUGGUACCACGCUUGAAUUUACUGAGUUCCUGGGAGCGACCCAUUCUUUAACAAAUGUUUGAAGAAGCAGUCUGCAUGACUAGGUG